AUGAGUACCACCGACCAAACAUCCAACCCGUUCAAUGGACUCCUUACGGAAUGCCAUAAUGACCCGACACAAAUCCAAGCUCACUACGAAGCACAUCGAACCAACCGAAACGUCCAACAAAAGGAACGGCUGCUCGAUCCCAGUUUCUCCGGCUGGCAGGUCGACGAUAUUCUUGCACGCCUGCACGAAGAAGCAAACAAUGAUGAACAGAGUAGCACUGCGACAGCACCGUUCAUUGACCCCCGACACAGCUUAACCAUUCUCGCUCGUCCACCGCAGCAUAUUCGAGACCUAGUGGCUGAGAUCCAACGAGAGAUCGGGGAUGUUGCUCCAAGCCUCUGGUUUACACCUCCAAACUAUCUACACAUGACCACUCUGGAGAUCGCUAGUUGCCGGACGGAGCCAGAGAUAGAUGACCUGGUCACUCGUCUGCAGCGCAGUGGGAUCAUCCCGCAGUUGACGGACUGCACCUUUCAUCAUCGCCCUCGGCUAUUCAAGCCGGUGAUUAGCUACGAUGCGACGGCAAUGGCGCUGAGUUUCGUCCCUGAAGCUAGCGGAGACAUGAUAGGCCAUUUCCACGAGAAAGAAUACCAGAACGAGCAGUAUACGUAUCACCAUCUACGAAGAGACGUCUCCGCGCAGAUUGCGGCAAUCGGACUGCCGAUGAAGCCCAGGUACAUUGCGCCGUCGGCGCAUAUUACCAUCGCACGAUUCAUUACUCGCGAGGGGUUCUUGCUGGAGAGGCCUGGUCCAGACGGGGUAGAAAAGGUCGAUACCAAUCAAGUUGCCUUACUGAUUAGGAAGACUGAGUCAAUCAAUGAGAGGCUCCGGGCGGAAUAUUGGCCCCGUGAACGAGGAGAGCCCAUACCUCGGAAAGGCGAGUGGGUCGUCAACGUUCCGAAAACCCGCCGGACUUACUGCAAGGGCAAGGAGUGCAAGAAGCACACCCAGCACAAGGUCACCCAGUACAAGGCUGGCAAGGCCUCCCUGUUCGCCCAGGGUAAGCGUCGUUAUGAUCGGAAGCAGAGCGGUUACGGUGGUCAGACCAAGCCCGUCUUCCACAAGAAGGCCAAGACUACCAAGAAGAUCGUCCUCCGUCUUGAGUGCACUGCUUGCAAGCAGAAGAAGCAGCUCUCCCUGAAGCGCUGCAAGCACUUCGAGCUUGGUGGUGACAAGAAGACCAAGGGUGCUGCUCUUGUCUUCUAG